UCACCAUCUCCUUCUUUCUGUUUCCCCCGUGGGUCACGUGACAAUAAGUGCUGGCCGGAAGGUGCUUCCGGGUAGCUAUCGUUUGGGCGGAAGUGAUGUAAAAUGUAGCAGUUUUGGGUUCUGAGUGCGUCGUAGUUUGGAGCGCAUGGUACCGAGAUGGAUUUCCACAGUGUUCUGAGAAUGGCGGCCGCCAAACCGGGGUCGGAAGGUGCAACGAAAAGGUACAGUCUGGCUGUGGGCCCCCCUCGAAAGGAUCCGAAGGUGAAAGGUGUGGAUUCUGCAGCUGUGCAGGCCUUUCUCAGGAAGAAAGAUCAGGAGAUGCAGAGGAAAGAGGUUGAAGCGAAGAGGAAGAAGGAGGGAUUGUUGGCCAAACGCAAGGAGCUGAAACAUGAUCGAAAAGCCCGAGCCAUGGCCUCCAGGACAAAGGACAACUUCAGGGGUUACAAUGGGAUUCCGGUUGAAGAGAAGCCCAAAAAGCACAAACAUUCCGACCUGGAGGAGGAUCAGAAUGGCAACGUGUGUGCUGCCGAGGAGGAUGAGGAGUAUAUGACAGAGGAGGAAUUGUAUGAGUAUUCUCAGUCUGAAUCUGAGCCGGAGGAGGAAUUGCCCCCUCAGAAAGUUGCCAAACCUGCACCCGGAAAGAAGCCUCCAGGGCUUAACUUCACCGAACUGCUGCGGCUUGCUGAACGGAAGCAACACGAGCCAGUGGAAAUGGUCCGACCUGUGAAGAAAGAGAAACGUCUCCGAACCGCAGAGGAGCUGAAAGAGUUGGAAUUUCUAGAGAGGAAAGCCCAGAAGGCAGACAGAAAAGAUCCAAAGAGAAACGGGCAGGUUGUAAAAGUCUGUAAAGGUUCUGGAGACAAAUAUUCCUUGCUGAAAGGAAACCAUUCAGGAGAGAAAAGGUCCCAUGAAAACUCCAGCUCCAAUGAGCAGAGUGGAACCAUCAGAACGUCCUUCAGUGAUACUGGAAUCAGAAAAGAUAAGAAUGUGUCCAUAAUCCAUCCCAAAGCGUCAAAGCUCCACACAAAGUCAUCUUCUGCCAAGGACUUUGGUGCUAAAGGUUCUAGACCCAAUGCAAUGGGGGAUGGCAAGAAUAGACACAGCUCUACCCGGCCUUCAGAAGCCUCCAGUUCCACUUCUGGGCGUUCCUCUGGAGGUUCAAGUUCUGCUUCAGGGAGACCAUCUGGAUGUUCAGGCUCUGGGAGAUCAUCUGGAAGUUCUGCUUCAGGGAGACCAUCUGCAAGUUCUGGCCCUGAGAGACCAUCUGGAAGUUCUGGCCCUGGCAGAUCAUCUGGAAGUUCUGCUUCAGGGAGACCAUCUGGAAGCUCUGGCCCUGGGAGACCAUCUGGAAGCUCUGGCCCUGGGAGACCAUCUGGAAGCUCUGGCCCUGGGAGACCAUCUGGAAGCUCUGGCCCUGGGAGACCAUCUGGAAGCUCUGGCCCUGGGAGAACAUCUGCAAGUUCUGGCCCUGGGAGAACAUCUGCAAGUUCUGGCCCUGGGAGACCACUUGGAGGAUCAGGUUCUGGUUCAGGGAAGCCAGUGGGAGGAUUAGGUUUUUGUUCAGAGAAGCCAACAGGAGGAUCAAGUUCUGGGUCAGUGAGAGAGUCGGGUUCUAGUUCAGCAAAGACAGCAGGAGGAUCAGGCUCUACUUCUAGUUUUACCCGGCCACCUAGCAAUUUCAAUGUGGCUCAUGCCAAGCCUGCUACUAGUUCUGGCUUUGCCCGACCCUCCAGUUCAGCAACACCACGUGCAAGCAGUACUGGUAAUUCUGCCAGUAAUUCUUCACGUCGGCCUAGCAGCUCAGGAGCAGUGCGGCCCAGUAGUGGCACACCUAAAGGCCCCUCUUCUCGACCAGGCACUGGACCGACCUCUGUGCGGACAAACAGCACUUCAGUCUCAGUUUCUGCUCUUUCGUCACUUGGCUCAGGCCCUGGGCGGCCGGUGGCCGCUUCAGCAAUAGGACCAUCAACAUUUGCAAAACCAAAAUGUACUGUGGUGGCUGAAACCAUUUCUUCCAAGAACUUUGUACCCAAGUCCAUCAAUGGGCAUAUGAAUGGAGUGAGAGCAGUACCCCCUGGGCAGAGACCUGCGAUGCGCCCACCAGGCUGUCCUUUGCCCCCCAUCACCAGCUCUUACAAACGAAGGAUUGACGAUGAUGAAUAUGAUUCAGAGAUGGAUGAUUUUAUAGACGAUGGGGGUGAAUGCCAGGAUGAAAUAUCCAAGCACAUUCAGGAAAUAUUUGGCUACGACAGAACUAAGUACAGGGAUGAGAGUGAUUAUGCCCUGAGGUACAUGGAGAGUAGCUUCCGGGAGCAGCAAAAAGAAGAGGCAAGAAGCUUACGUUUGGGCAUCCAGGAAGACUUGGAGGAGUUGAGACGUGAGGAGGAGGAGUUACAGAGGAAAGCCAAGCAGUUAAAGGGAGCAAAGAAGAUGAAGAGUUGACCCUCAUCUACUCUUUGUUUUCUACAGGCGGAUCGCACAGGAAUCCUUUUUUUUUUUUUUUUGGCGGAAUUUUUGCCAAUAUUCUCACAUGUCAAGAUUGGAUGUGCAGGAAGCUGCCAAUGUGAUGAAGUGAAAUGGACUUUUAUAUAAUAUAGAAAUCUAUUAUUAGAGAGGGCUCCUGGGACCCAAUAAAUUAUUGACAGAGUUUAUGGACCACUGCUAUGUCUAUUUCUACACUGCUGGGGAACCAGCCUUUAUUUAUAAAAACAAGUACAAGUGCACUUAAUGACUAGGGCAUUGCUGACCAGGUGAGAGGGGCCAGGGACUAAGCUUUACCUUGCUGGGGAGCCCUCCGGUAGCAUUGGGGAAUCACCCUGGGGGGGCGGAGUUUGUCAUUUGUGUUCUAUCACCCUGCACAGCACAAAGCCAGGAACCAUGUAUAUGUACAGCACCAUUGCACCCUGUAGUGAUGAGUUUAACCUCUGCUGCUCUACUCUGCACAAGACAUACACUUGCCUGUGUGGCCAUUCCCGGAGGGGGGGGGGUGUCCCUUGGGAUACAGAUGCUUGUGUGGCAGUUACCUAGGGGGUGAACUCUCUCUAUUGAUUGUAUAGAGCUGUUCUAGUGCUAUUGGGCUGGUGUCUAAGUAACCCCUUCCUAUCCGUCUGAUUUCCUAAACUGACACUUUAUAGGAAAUUCCUGCCACAGAGAAUGAUGGGCUGGAUCCAAAUACUGGCAAAUGAGUGAGUUAAAUAUACACUUACCUCCCUGACUCUGCAACCUCUGCCCAAUGACAGGCUUCAUGUUCCUCCUCGAUGUGACUCGUGAUUCGUACACUGGUGACCUGCAAGAACAUGUUCCCUUUUACUGAGCCACUGCCAGACAAUGACAAAAAGUGCUCCCAUGUCUUAUUUAACCCCUUUGCUGUUUGUGUCACAAAAUGCCAGAGUAACAGGUCUAUUUUUUUUUUCCUCCAGCCUAAUUUGCUAAUGAAUUAAUCAAUCAUGAACCCCGCUCUUAAUGAGCUUUGAUCCUAAGACUGUUAGCUCAGCAAAGGCUUCUGCAGCAAAAGCAGCUGUUCCUCUGCUAAUCCACUUGCACAAAAUGUGCUUUUAUUAAAUAAACCUGCUACCA